AGACGUGUGCGUUUUCGUGCCGCGGAAUCGAGUGGAGGUGGCGGUGGAAGUGGUGGUGCCGGUGGUUCUGGUCAAGAGUUGGUGGUCCAAGACGGAGGAGUUGGGGUGGGAGCGUAGGCGGCCGGUGUUGUUUGCUCUGUUCCUUUAUCAUCUUCUUGGUAUGGCGGCCUCAUUGUUGAAAGGAGAGUAAUUGGUUCUCGAUAGCUAGUACAGGUUAUUCUUUCAAUUGCUAAAACGUAGCCCAAUAAUCCAUGGGUUCUUUAGAAGGGCCGACGGCGCAGAGCAGUAAGCCCCCUGGUAUACGGUUUGCUGAACUUCUUCGCAAGACCGGCUUCAGCAUAAGAGCAUAUCAGACCAUCGUCCUCAUCGUCACUUUUCUUGCUUAUGCAAGCUAUCAUGCCUCUAGAAAAACUACCAGCAUUGUCAAAAGCGUUCUGGACCCCGGGUCUCCAGAAGUGAGGCUAUCGCCAUGGCCGACGAGCCAUUACCUCAAAGCAAGCCGCGCGAAUCAAACAGUUAGCAGCAGUGGAUGGGCACCGUUCAGUGGCAAAGAUGGCAGUGCAAUGCUUGGAGAAAUUGAUCUUGCUUUCCUCUCAUUCUAUUCCCUCGGCAUGUACUUCUCCGGACACUUGGGUGACCGCCUCGAUCUCAGACUGUUCCUGACAGUUGGGAUGGUUGGGACUGGCUUGUUUACUUCAUUGUUUGGGGCAGCUUAUUGGCUGAAUGUCCAUAGCUAUGCAUACUUUCUAGUUAUUCAGAUGUUGGCAGGCCUUUUCCAGUCGACUGGAUGGCCGUCUGUAGUUGCUGUGGUUGGCAACUGGUUCGGGAAGAGCAAGAGAGGCUUGAUAAUGGGAAUAUGGAAUGCACAUACAUCAGUGGGAAACAUAGCCGGUUCAUUGAUCGCUUCAGCUGCUCUUAGGUAUGGAUGGGGGUGGUCGUUUGCCUUGCCGGGGCUACUGAUUGCCUUAAUCGGAUUGGUGGUGUUCCUUGUGCUGCCUGCUAACCCUGAAAGUGUGGAUAUCAACAAAGAUGGAGGCGAUUUGUCAGAAUCUGUUGAGGGCGUUAAGGAGCCCCUUCUGAAGCAGAUGAGUGGUGACAAAGAAAAAGCUGUAGGUUUUAUGGAGGCAUGGAGGAUCCCAGGAGUCGCUCCGUUUGCUCUUUGUCUCUUCUUCUCCAAGUUGGUGGCUUAUACUUUCCUCUAUUGGCUUCCUUUCUACAUCAGCCGCACAGCCAUUGACGGAAAGUACUUGUCAGAUCAAAUGGCGGGGAAUCUAUCUACACUUUUCGACGUAGGAGGUGUGUUUGGAGGCAUCCUUGCCGGUCACAUAUCCGAUCGGCUAGAUGCUAGAGCAAUAACGGCUGCAAUGUUCAUGUACUGUGCCAUACCAGCACUGUUCUUCUACCGAGUAUAUGGUGAUGUUUCCCUGUAUACGAACAUCGCCCUCAUGUUUGUAGCCGGAGUGUUUGUCAAUGGACCGUAUGCGCUGAUCACCACUGCAGUUUCAGCUGACUUGGGCACCCAUAGCUCAUUGAGCGGGAACUCUCGAGCGCUUGCAACAGUGACCGCAAUAAUCGAUGGGACUGGGUCCAUUGGUGCGGCUUUUGGCCCAAUGUUGACAGGCUAUAUCUCUACCAGGAGCUGGAGUGGUGUCUUCAUGAUGUUAAUGGCAUCAGCUUUAGUGGCAGGGCUGCUACUGACGAGGCUGGUGAUGGCCGAAGUGGCUGCGAAGGUCCAGAAGGCAAGGUCCUCGAGUAGCAGCAUGAGCCUGGAAGUUUGAUUUGCUUCUUCAACUUCCACUUUAUUCCUCCUGUAUCACUGCCUAUUGCUUCACUGUGUUUUGUUGAAUGUGAGACAUGGGCAGUGAAAUAAGAAGUGUGGCUUUCCCUUUGUAUGUUUAAGUUUGUCAAGGGGGGAAACAAAUGAUGGGCUGGUGGUGCUGGCUUGGUCAAUGAAAGAAUACUGCCGGCUCUGAUUAUACUCUGUUGUAUAACGCUAAAUUACAAGUAACUAUGAUAUAAUUCUACGCCCCAAUCACGUGGGCGGUUUUGGCUUCUUA